CCGAGGCGGCCAGGAACCUGGAGGCUCUGAGGACCCAGUCAGGAACCCUUCAUUGACAAUCGGACGUCGGGGCGGCAGGGAGGGAGCAGCCUGGGGACAGUCCCCCCCAAACUCCCGGCCGGCUCGCUUUUUAAAGAAGACCCUCUUUCCAAGACCUCCCUCACCUGCCUGCUCCUGGAGUUUCCCAGAAGCCGCUUCAAGAUGCUCAGGUUAUGGGUGCUGGUCCCUCUGCCUCUCAGACCCAAGUGAAGUGGGCUGGCUCUCCAGGGUCUCUUCUCCAACCCAUCAAGAAAAAGCACUUUCCUGGGGGAGCUCCUCUCCUCCUUCCCACUUCUCACCCCUGCCUGGGGGGCCUUCGUAGGGCCGAGCAUGUUGGUUUUCCUUUGGAUCUCAAGCCCCAUGUCCCAGGACUUCUGAGUCGAUGUCAGCCAUGCGGCUGUUCACAUGUGUCCUGCAGCUCUUGGCUGGUCUGUCCCUGCCUGCUGGAUCCCCCCAGCAGUGGGACCUGUCUCCUGAGAAUGGCACCACAGAGGUAGAAGUGUUGCCCUUCCAAGAGGUGUGGGGCCGAAGCUUUUGUCGCUCACUGGAGAAGCUGGUGGAUGUUGCGACUGAGUAUCCAGGGGAAGUGGAACACAUGUUCAGCCCAUCCUGUGUCUCACUGAGGCGUUGCACUGGCUGCUGUGGGGAUGAGAACCUCCAUUGUGUUGCUGUGGAGACAACCAACGUCACCAUGCAGCUUCUGAAGAUCAAGUCUGGGGAACAGCCAUCCUACAUGGAAUUAGCAUUCACUGAGCAUGUGCGGUGUGAGUGCAGGCCUCGAAGGGAAAAGAUGAAGCCAGAAAGGAGGAGACUCAAGGGUAGAGGGAAGAGGAAGAGAGAGAAGCAAAGGCCCAGAGACUGUCAUCAGUGCGAAGAUGCUGUUCCCCAAAGGUAACCCAGUCGGCCCUGAAGAAAGCAGCCUCUGCCCAGCUCUUAUAUUUAUUGCCCCUCUCACAAUCUCAGUUACCUCCCUGACCACAGCCCCUCUAUUUAUUAGCCAGAUGUAACCCCUGCUGAAUGUCUACUUCUCCCUCGGCUGGGAGACUGACCCUCAGGACUUUGGUGCCUUAAGAAGAAAAAGAGGAGACUACAAGAAGAUCCCAAGUUGAGGUCCUGGGAUGUACCUAAACACUGAACAUUAACUAUGACUCAGGAGUAAUGGAGGGGGGAGGGUUUCCUUUCUCAUCCCAGGAACCUCCAUGGAGCUGUCACCUGGGGCGCAGAGGGGAGAAAGGAUUGGACGAAUCCCAUCCCCCUUCCCAUUCUUGCUUCUGUAUGAAAAAGGGACCUCUGGGCCCGCCAAGUGGGAAGUAUCCCUUGUCUAAGGCCUGAGCACAGUUUUUUUGACUGAAGGGAGCAGCUACUCAUGCCCGAUAUGGAAAGAGUCCACCAGAGAGGUCUAGUCUAGUCUACUUUUCUCAAUGGAAGAGGGUAGGUGUGAAGGAACCUGGGAAAUGGCACCUGAACUGGGGUGUCUGGGGGAGGACAGCUACCUUUGCUUAGUGGAAGAGGAGAAGACCCUGGCUGGGGUCUUGGGAGACAAAUUGCUGGAGCAACUAAGACUGUUCCCAGCAAGUAUCCUCCCACCCUGGCAGCCACUUGGAAUCCCAGAGAGCCAAGCCUGGGACAAUUUUUAGAGAACUUUGGAUAGUGGUGUUUGUGGGAUCUCCUCUUAGUCUCCUAUUUCUCCCAGAACCCUGCAACCCUCUCUUACAAGCUGACUGCAGAAAUUUAUCUCCUGGCCUGGGAUGCCACCCCUGAGUCCCCCAUAAGCCACUCUGACCCACUGGAAGUACCAAUGGGUGCAAAUACCAAAGGAUGCAGGCAGAUAGCCCUUAGCCCUGGGUAUGAUGGUCAAGGUAAAGAAAAAAUACCUGAGGACUCCAAGAAGACCCCCCUCUCUACUUUGCUCCCAGGUACUCUGACAAGGGCAUUCUGCCCACCAAGGAGCACUUAUAUACUCAGGCCUUCUGUGAAGUGGGUUGAGCAGGUUUCAUUUCAAGGGAGGUUGAGUGGGAGGAGGCUGGGACCCUCCCAAGUGUGUCAUACCAAUUCUUCCUGACCACCAUGUUCAUUGGGUGUAGGGAGGCCAAAGAAAAGUCAGAUUCUCUUAAAUAAAAGUAUUUUAAUCCAA